AUAGCAAUCACGACACCUUGAAAAUAAAACACAGACACAAAAAUAUCUAACAUUUCAGAACAGCGUAGAUAGUUUAGUAUUUUGUUAUUUUAUCUUUCAAUUAUAUAUUUGACUGACAAAACGUCAAGGUGCAAGCAAGCAUUUAAAAUAUUUAGCUAACAUUCAGCGUAAUCCUGAACUUUCACUGUUCAAAAAACUCCAGAGGACAGACUGUACCAUUUGAACGAGCUAGAGGGGUGUGUCGUCCAAGCCACGAAGUUCCGCUUCUGUGUGGAUCCUGGAAGAGAUUUUGGGAUAUAAAAUCAAGGAACUCUGUUAUGCAGCACUUUUGAGUUAAUCUCGUGAAUGACAUCAACUUCAUGACACAUUAAUUAAUCACGCGCAAACGAGAGAGUACUUGUGUCUCACUGCAAGCUCAAAAUAAUUCCUCACCCAGUCUCUCUGUCACUUCUACCGGUAGCGCGAGCCACACAACGCAGCCAUGGCCCGCGACGAUCAGCGCGCGCUACAGUAUGAACAAACUUUGAUGUAUGGUCGCUACACACAGGAGUUGGGGGCGUAUGCUAAAGAAGAGGCAGCUCGCCUGAGGGAGGAGGGGGGUUGGAGGCGCUCAGUCAAAGAACGCUCACGCUCCCUGGAACUUUUGGAGUACGACAGGGGCCGCUGUGCCAAGUGUCGCAUCUGUACGGUGCGCUGUCAGAAGUUCCUCAUCUCUCGUGUUGGUGAAGACUGGAUCUUCCUCAUCCUCCUGGGUCUAUUCAUGGCUCUGGUCAGCUGGGUGGUCGACUUCGCUAUUGCCAUCUGUCUACAAGCACAGAAGUGGAUGUACGGAGGCCUGGAGAGUAAUGUGUUUCUCCAGUACCUAGCCUGGGUCACCUACCCUGUGGUGCUCAUCACCUUCUCAGCUGGCUUCACACAGAUACUGGCCCCACAGGCCGUAGGUUCAGGUAUCCCAGAGAUGAAGACCAUUCUGAGGGGUGUAGUGCUGAAAGAAUACCUCACCUUUAAAACCUUUGUUGCCAAAGUCAUCGGUCUCACCUGUGCCCUGGGCAGUGGCAUGCCUCUGGGCAAGGAGGGUCCGUUUGUUCACAUUGCCAGUCUGUGUGCUGCACUCCUCAGCAAAUUCAUGUCUCUGUUUGGUGGAAUCUACGAGAAUGAGUCGAGAAACAUUGAGAUGUUGGCAGCUGCCUGUGCUGUGGGAGUGGGCUGCUGUUUCGCUGCCCCUAUAGGAGGUGUACUGUUCAGUAUUGAGGUAACUUCUACGUUCUUUGCGGUGAGGAAUUACUGGAGAGGGUUCUUCGCUGCCACUUUCAGUGCCUUCAUCUUCAGAGUCCUGGCCGUGUGGAAUAGAGACGAGGAGACCAUCACAGCUCUGUUUAAAACCCGUUUCCGUCUGGACUUCCCCUUUGACCUCCAGGAGCUCCCAGCCUUCGCUGUCAUUGGUAUUGCCAGUGGUUUUGGCGGGGCAUUGUUUGUCUACCUGAACAGAUUGAUAGUCCAGUUCAUCAGGAAACAGAAGACCAUCAACAAGUUCCUCAUGAAGAAGCGUCUGCUGUACCCAGCCCUGGUCACUCUGCUGGUGUCUACGUUAACCUUUCCCCCCGGCUUCGGACAGUUCAUGGCAGGCAAGCUUACCCAGAAGGAGUCUUUGGUGACGUUGCUAGAUAACCGGACAUGGGCCAAGCAGGGCAUAGCCGAGGGGUUUGACUACAUCGGCAACUCCCAGGCCUGGAAUCACACCCAGGUCAACGUCUUUGUUACCCUCGUCCUCUUCAUCGUCAUGAAGUUCUGGAUGUCUGCUCUGGCUACCACCAUCCCUGUGCCCUGUGGAGCCUUCAUGCCUGUCUUCGUCAUUGGGGCAGCGUUUGGCCGUCUGGUCGGGGAGAGCAUGGCCGCCUGGUUCCCUGAUGGCAUCCACUCUGAUGGCACCAUCUACCCCAUAGUGCCAGGAGGGUAUGCUGUCGUGGGUGCGGCGGCCUUGUCUGGAGCGGUGACCCACACGGUAUCGACGGCGGUCAUUGUGUUUGAGCUGACGGGUCAGAUCAGCCACAUCCUGCCGGUGAUGAUAGCAGUGAUACUGGCCAACGCCGUGGCCCAGUCCCUCCAGCCCUCGCUAUAUGACUCCAUCAUCAGGAUCAAGAAACUACCGUACCUCCCUGAGCUGGGCUGGGGACACCACGAGAAGUAUAAUAUUCGUGUGGAGGACAUCAUGAUCAGGGAUGUGAUGUACAUCACCCUCAACUGCUGCUACAGAGACCUGCAUGAUGUACUGCUGACUGGACACCUCAAGACCCUGGCCCUGCUCGAGUCCAGUGAGUCGAUGAUCCUGCUGGGUUCUAUUGAGCGUGUCCAGCUCCAGGCCCUCCUGUCCCUACAGCUGGGCCGGCCACGGAGGCUAGAGUACCUGAGAGACCGGGCUACUGCUGAGAAGAAGCGCCUGUCGAUGGUCUCCCACCCGGGCAGCGAGGAUGGCUCCCAGAGGGUUAACCAGGAGGUUCGGUUCCAGGUCAGCACAGAGACACAGGAGAACCAGAACCAUCGUGAAUACAGUAUUAUCUGGCUCCAUCUGCUUCAGUACCAGAUCUCCACAGAGGAGUCUUCCUUCAGUUCCACCCCUACCCCCUCCAUGAAGCCACUGAAGCCGGCCCUGAAGAGAUCCUCUGUGGUGGACCGCCCUCCUGAUAUACCCAUGCCCACAAGUCCACAGGACCACUCUGGCAACACCUUAAAGAAUCUCUUCUGUGUCAACCCUGAGACAGAAGGCCUGGAGGAUGACUUUGAUGUGGAUGAUGACAUGACCAUCAGAGAGAUUGCAGAGUGGGAGGAGAACCAGCUUGACGAGCAGGUGAACUUUGACAACUGCAAGAUCGACCCCGCCCCCUUCCAACUGGUGGAGCGCACCUCACUUCAUAAGACCCACACCAUCUUUUCUCUGCUGGGGUUGGACCAUGCCUACGUCACCAGCAUUGGACGACUCAUCGGAGUGGUGUCCCUCAAAGAGCUGCGGAAGGCCAUCGAGGGUUCUGUGGCAGUGAAGGGGGUGAAAGUGCGCCCCCCUCUGUCCAGUUUCCGGGACAGUGGCACCAGCGGCAGCAGCAGCAGCAAUAGCGAGAACGAAGCCACAGAGCUCCACAAGCUGUGGGACCGUCACAAAUCCAUGUCCCUCCCCCGGGAGCACCUGGCCUCCGACUCUGACGAGAAGUCCCAGUGAGGGGGAUGGGGACAGGGAGAUGGGGACAGAUUUUUGGGAGAGGUAUAUUGGAUGGGGAUUGGGACAGGUUAAUGUAGACAGGUAUAUUACCGAGGAGUGGGAUGAGCGUUGACCCCCCCCACUUAAAAACCACUACUGAUGCUGCAACCUCAUAGCUUGGAUCAAUAUUUAAUUCUGGAAUAUAGAGUUCCUCUCCAUCCCUCUCUCCUUUACCCCUCCUCCUGGUUGGCCUUUGGGCCCUACACUUACUCAGCUCUUAUGGAGGAGGGAUUGACUCACCACAGACUGGACCCUGCUCUCCACUAGGCUUGGGGGGGCCCACAACAGAAUAGAUCUGUGUGUUAGGGAGGGGAGAGGAGUUAAGGUGUCACUGCUUAACAAAGUUUGUCAGAACAAAAUGUAUAGAAUGUUUUGACUGUAAAAGGGAUUGCAUUUUCUUUUUUGCCAACUUUGGAAUUGGUGAGGAAAUGUUCAGUUUGUUUGCAUUUUGUGGACCUGUAAACGUUUCUUUCUGACCAGUCUUCCAUAUGCAGACGGUUCAACAGUGACAAGAAGAUAGGCUUGUGUACCGGUAUGGAUGUGAGUGUAUGUAUUGAGUGCAUGGACGCAUUGGUUGGUAUGUAUUUACACGACGAAAGUAGCGAAACCAACCACCUGCUUUAAUUCCUUUGUGAUUUGAAUCUUCUUAUCUUAUCAGACACAUUUCAGUCUUAUCAUUUCAGCAGUGUUCUAGUUUGUUCCCAUCUGUUUUAGUGACCUGGAACUGGAAAUAAGUAGCCUAGUGGUUAGAGCUAUGGGCCAGUAACCGAAAGGUCGCUGGUUCAAAUACCUGAGGCAACAAGAUGAAAAGUCUAUAUCUUUGAGCAACACUUAAACCUAAUUUGCUCCAGGCGUGCCGUACUACUAUGGCUAACCCGGUAAAACAACACAUUUCCCUGCAACUAUCUGGUGUGUGUGUAUGUGUAUGUAUGUGUAUGUGUAUGUGACAAUAACAAUGUGAGACCAGAACAGUAUGUGGUUCACCUUGCCUCUGUCGAGAGAACCACAUACUGUUCUGGUCUCACAUUGGGAGAUGUCUUCACCACUCUUUCUUUCAGUCCUCUCCCUCUACCCCUAUUAUUUUCUGUGUUACAUUAGUGCUUGAGUCUGGGUGAGAGAAUAGUCUACUCUAUGCAAACAGAUGUACAGUAUGUAUGUAGGUAUUCUGUAGAAUGGUGAAAUCAUGUGUUAACAUUUACCUCUCAGCAUGCUUCAACACACAUGCUGUGCACUCCUUUAAGAAAACACGGCCUCAAACACACACACACACAGGUUUUAAUAAGAGCCAGUCCAAGAGAAGAGGGCUUUCUCUAGAUGUGGCUCUUAAUAAGCCUGACUGAGUAUGUUGGGCUAGGGAGAGAGGAGGAGAGGAAGAAGGAGAGGGAAAAGAUGGAGAGUGAAUGGAAGAAUGAAAGCAUUUUCUGUUAUCUAAUCUGCUGUGUUAGGGAGUUUUCUUCAAUAGAACCCAGGGUAGCUUUCUGGUUGGCCAACUUCACAUCCCAACUGUCCAGUAAACACUACGGUGAUCAGAGUAAGGUCAGACCCAGACCACAUAGAACCAGUUUAAAUAAUGCUGACCAGUAGCCAACUGACUGAAACUAGAUAUCUGAACUAACUGACCAAAGAUCAAACAUCCAUACUGACCAAUUAGAAGCCGUCAGCAUUACCGAUCGGUGAUCUAUACAUGGCUAAUGAUAAAGCACUCCAUUGCUACUACAGUAUGAUUUAUCAAUAGUCCUACUGAUGUAUAGAGCUGCCUAGAGGACGUCUGGUUAUAUGGUUAAGAGUCUGACCUCAGUGAUUUUUGACUUAUUCAUGUAUUUUCCUCACAACAGUCAUUGGCUUAAUGUGCUGCAUGGUUUCCUUAGUCAUUUGAAUGUAUUUAACUAUUAAGUAUGUUUUGCUUGGUGAUAUAAGCCCCAAACUGGACAAGCCCAGUGUGCAGCUUCCAAUCAGAUCACAUACACUCCCUUAUUGAAUUGUCGGCAAAAAAAAAAAAAAAGUAAGUAUGGCCACUACUCGUUUUCUUUCAGUCUCUCAUUCGCUCUCUCUCUCACUGAUUGAUUAACAGGCAGGGGUCAUUUUGAGACUUCUUUCUUCCUCCCUCCUUUGUAAUGUUUGCACUGAAAGGCCUGAUGCCUCUGAAAAGGACUGAGCAGGGUCACUUCCUGUGUCAAACACUCUUUCCACCUGCAAUUGUUGUUAUUUGGAUUUACUGUUUUCACCCAGCAAUAUCAUAAUUUCUGCUCACAUACGCAAGCUCAGAGUAUCUAACUGUGCUUAUACACAUUCAGACUCCUUACUCAUUGCCACAUUGAAUAAAGGACACACACACACACUAACAUCUUCGCAGACUGACAUGCCCAUCCUCACAUGCAGAGAGACACACUCACACACCUUGAGUGACAGCAUGGCUUUGCAUGAAAGAGUGCAUGUGACUUUGAAGGCUGUGUUUUCAUAUUGUUAGAACUAUGACCAACGGAAUAUAUGAGAAAUAUACUGUUGUGUAUACAGGGUUGGAUAGGUUACUUUCUAAGUGUAACCCUGGGUGUAUAUCAUUUUAAUGGACAAUGUCAAUAUGCUGAUGGCUAUUUUGUUGAAUGUUUUUAUUCUCACUUAUUUUGCAUCUUUUCUCAUUGCAUUAGUUUUGAUCUAGGUUUGAUUGGCAUUCAUUCAUACAACGAGCUUUAAUCAUGGCUUAUUUUGGAAAAGGAGAUGGGCUUUUUGGGGAAUGUGUGGAUUUAAGACUUUGCUAUACGUUUACAGAUUUAACAUAGUUAACAUCAUUGCUGUAAUACAUGAUUGUUAAUUUAAAAUCUAACUGAUCUACAUUUCUAUCUAUGGAGUUGCUCUUCCUGCAACUCCUUUUUAGUUUUUGUUGCGUAUUGCUCUUUCCUGUCUGAUUGUUAUAAAAAGGUCCAAUGUUCAAUGUUUUUCCAGCCUUGCAGCAUGUACCCAACAUUUCUACAAUGUUUAUGUAUGUCAUUUGUAUAAUGCAAGUAACACUAUAACGCUAGCAGAAUGAGACCCACUACCUGAAGUAACAGGAACAUUUAACCAACGUUUAUAGAAUGUUUAAAGGACCCAUGGGUGUUCUCGGUGGUCUGUAUGACAUCGUCAUUUCACAAGUGCCUACAUCAUCCUGGCCCCUGCAUGGUAACAGGGGUAGGAUAGGUUUUCUCUGCAAAUGAAUGUGAAACGUUUUUAAGGGAUAGAAAUGACUACCCAUGUCUCUGCAUUUGAUAUGUAUAUAUACACACACACACACGAUGUGUCAGUACAGUGUGCAGCCAUGACAACUCUCCGUUGUCAGUCCCCAAGUCCCCAAAGGGACCAGCCAAAAUGCACGUUUGAUUUGCUUUGGGUUUUGUAUUUUUCAGAUGGGUUUUUCAUUAUUUUUCGUUUCUCUGAAGUCAUUCUAUCCUUAUUUCCUUUUCUGUUCUCUAUGGCAUCAUUUACUACAAGAUAGAUAUUUUAGGGCAGGCACAUAUUUAUUAAUAGGUAUUAAUCAAAAUAGAAGAAUCUGAUUUGUUCGUUUUUUUAUUAUUUUGAUUUGAAUGAUUAGGUAAUCAACUUGUACAAUAAUGAUUGUUCAUCUCACUUUCUAACCAGAUUUUAAUAUAUGACUUGACAUGAAUGCAAGAACCUUAUUUUUGUAAAGAAAUUGAAAAAUGUUAAACAAUAUGUACGUUAUGACACACACUGUCUGUUUGGUCCCAGGCCAUUUCUGGAUUCUGCUGCUUGUACUGUCUCUGUCUGACUCUGGACUGUAUGAUGUGUUAUAGGCCCACUAUGGAAACUCACUGGGGUCAAACCAGCCAGAGUUUAACAAGUCCAGUGCUAUUUUUCACAAUUUGUUUUUAUAUCAGGGAUGAAUAAAGACAUUUUUAACAAA